AUGGUGGCUUAUGAACAAGAAUUAGCAGCGCUUCGUGAACCGAUUUCUCUGCCCGAAUCAGAAGAAACAUGGGAUGCCAUUGGAGACGCGCUCAUGCGUUUUGCAGCUCUGUCUCGUGGAAAUGGUACAAAAUAUCCUCAGGAAACCAUUGUUACCCUGCGAUCCGUGUCUCGGUCUCUUUGCCAGGCUGCUAAUUCAGAACGAUCUCGCUUGUCCGGAAUCGCCCUGGACCUCUUUAGUACCCUUGUCAGCGUCAUGGAUCGUUCAUUUGAGUCGCUGAUUCCGCUUUUCCUGCCUACGCUCCUUGCUCUAUGCGCGCGUUCCAACAAGGUGUUCGUCUCUCGAGCUCGAUCCUGUCUCCUUUCCCUCAUUGAACAUACUCGCUCCCCCACAAUACUCCCUUAUCUGGCCGAAUCAUCCAAGGAUAAAACAGUUUCCCUACGUAUUGCUGCCGCAGAAGGUAUCUUGGCUUGCCUAAACUGUUUUAAUCCACCAGAUCUCGAGAAAGAGCCUCGGGCCCGUGAGGUAGAAGCAAUCAUUAGAUCAACUGCUACUGAUGCUAGUGCAGACGUUAGAAAAAUUGGACGCCAGAUAUUUGAAGCGUAUAGAGUCCUUCUACCCCAGCGAUUGGAUCGAUUCACUCAGCCUCUUACCCCCACGAUCAGGAAAUAUCUUGAUAUUAAACCCAAGCCUGCAUCACAAGCUCAAUCCAAUCCCCCCAGUCGACCGCCGUCCUCACAGUCAAUUAAUUCACUGCAAGGUGCAUCAUCUGAACUCCACUUCUCCUCCUCUACGUCGGCUUUAUCGUCUGGUACCAGAGAAACUGCCACAAGGGGAGCUCAUCAAACUGCAUUCCAUGUACGAUCGGCGUCUGUGCUAGGAAUAGCCAGAGAAGCAAGUAACUACCCACGCAACAGGCCAGGGGAGAAGGGUAAAUCCUACACCACUAAGACUUCUACGGUACGACCACCGCCCACGCGACAUAUAGCGGUGCAGCCGCCCCAGCGAUCCGUAGGGAAAAGCACAAAGGGCAUGCCUCCUCCUGACUUCGUGCCCAAGCGGUCCGCCCAGGAAAUACGUAAAACGGGAACGUCCGAGAUUCUGACUGGACAACCGGAUAAUCUACAUGCAAUUGAACACUCAACAGGGGCUGUAUUGCACUCCGUUUCGAGUACAUCUGGAACGCAGACUUCUUGUUCACGUCCCGGCUCUUCGAAGAUUGAUAGCACUAGUGGGGGGCCGACCCGCAUGCCAACAAAACAAGACGUACAACCUCGUGCCCAAACUGGUCCUAUCCGGCCUACAUCUAUCGAGGCCCAGAGGACACAGCAAGAAGCGGUGGAGAGGAAGGAACGCGUUGUUGGCGGUGCUAGGCGUGUGUUGGUUGUGUCGGAACUGUCGUCAGUGUCGUCAACAUCGUCGGCGUCCAAAACUGAGAGCAAUCAACAGAAAGUCCCAUCCAGAGGGCCUGGUCGCAAAGUGCGACAGAAUAGCACAAGCAAAAUCGCGGAAAAAGCGAAGCCGCUGCCACUGAAGGACUCAGAGACACGUAGUCGCGAGACAGUCUCGAAGAGUAGGCAGCAUUCUGGAGGGACAAGAAAUCUUGGGCAAGCAACCGCCCCGAUAGUAACUCAAGCCGGAGACAAAGUAAUGACCGUCAACGCCCCACGAACAUGCGCUCCGACACCCUUGUUAGACUCUGCCACGGAGAAUCUCGACGUUAUCAAGCCAGCAUUGGUACCUUUGCCUCCAUCUCCGACUCCCACGGAAAUUGUCGACCCUAUCACUCCAAUGCGCACUUCUGCUCGCCUCCCCGGUGUAUCGUUGCCUGCUCAGACACCGAUCUCAGCCCUUGUGGCUGAUAUACAGGGAGGUUUCUUGUGCCCGCCGUCAUCACCACUCACUCCAAUCCCCCCCUUACCAUCGGAGACUAAUUUGCACAACCCCCACUUACCCUUGUGGAAGCCCUUGAGGCCCAUGAGCAGAGCAACGGCGCCCGCUCGUUUCGAUAGUUCACCGGAAACCAUACGGCUCAACUCGGUGGUACGCUUACCGACUGAAAAGCCCAGAUCGACACUGGAAGAACUAGUGAUAAAUCUCUGA